UUUCUCAUAACACAAAGAAUGGAUUCCAAAUUAGAUUUCAAACCUAAAGCAAAAGACAAAAGAAAAGCAUUCGCGAAGAAAACCUGAAAAACCCAAAGCUUUCCAGGAGACCCUCAACCCCAUACUCGCACCUUAAACCAAAACCCUUCAGACAGCAAAGAACUUUACGAAGAAGAGACCAAGGAAGAAGUGGCCAAUUCCGAAGGUGAAGGGUCUGAUGCGGCUGAGGAGACACCUCCUGCUGAUAGCCCUCACUCACCCUUGGGGAUGCCAACUGCCCAUGAUUUGUUGUACAAGAAGUUGAAGACUUAUGAUAGUCAUGUCCAGUACUUCUUGUCGUACCAAAUCGAAAAUUUCGAAGGGUUCAUGCAACAGUGAAUAGAAGAUCCCACUCAUAUUCUCGACUGUUUGGCUCCCUCCUCACCUCCCUCCACAUCCCGUACCCCAAAAGCCUCACCCCAGCCACACACUGACCUCAAAAUGGAACUAACCGACCGAGUGCCCCAAAUAGACAGGCCAAAUUUCCCUAUAACAAACCUCAUCCAAACAAUCCCUCGCCUGCUGUUCAAGCCUGAAGACCUAGGCAUCCAGAGGGCACAAGGAAAAGAGGGCAAAUAAUAGGGUUCAAAUGUCGGCCUCUACUGCCGUUUACCUAAACUCGUGCGCCCAGUACGCCUAUAUUACUGGUGCACUCGUGUACGAAGACCUCGCACUGAUUCAUCAAGCUAAAGGAGAUAUGGAGUAUCAUAAGAUGGAGAAGGAUAAGGAAGUUGAUAAAGUUAAUGAUAAAGAGAAGCAAAGGGUUGGAACUGAGUCAACCAAAGAUACAGAGCGAUUGGAUUGUAAGAAAUAAACUGGUACUAGAAAAGGUAAACGCUGGCAGGCCGCCUGUCAAGACUGAGAAAUCUUUAACCUAUCUAUAGCAA